AUGGCGUUUUUUUACUUUACUUUGUUUUUGGUGUUUGAGAUUCCUAAAUGUGGAUGUUCAAGCAUAAAGAAAUUACUUCUAAUCACGGAAGGUAUAGUUAAUGAGACAAAUCCACAGGCAGUGAAAUCAUGGCUUGCUCAUGAACUUGGCGACAAACAUCUGGACUUGAAAAACAUCAAAAAUGUCACUGAGAUUCAGAAGCGACUUGAUACGUAUCAGAAACUCAUCAUUGUAAGAGAUCCACUGUACAGAUUAUUAUCAGCAUAUAUAAAUAAAUUAGAGCAUGAGUAUCCUUGGAAUCGGGGAUUUGCUAAAAUAUCAAAAUAUAUUCACCAACAAUUUGUAAAAAACGAAACAGGAAAGUUGGCUUCCUUUGGAGAGUUUCUUUCCUACCUAACAGAAGAAAACGAGUAUGAUAGACACUGGGAACUUUAUCACAAACUGUGUUUACCUUGCUCAAUAUCAUACGAUUACAUUGCUCACAUUGAAACCAUUGAUGACGACAUGGUUGAUUUCAUGGAUAAACUUGCAAUUACAAAUAUAACGUUCCCCCGAAAUUACGAAAAGUCAAAACAGACCAACACAGACACAUUUGAACGAUACAUUGGUGAAGUACCAGAAACCUAG